UUCUUCGAAUCCAAAAAUUAAAUUCCCCCAAAUUUUUACUCAUUUUAUCAACACUCUCUGAUUCUCAUCCCCUUUUUUUUACACUUCCAAUUUUAUUAUUGAUUAUUAUUAACUACAAAAACAAUUAUUAUUAUCAAAUAACCCCCCUAAAUAAUUAAAAUAAAAAAAAACCACCGCUUUCUCUCUCUACCCUACCCCGAAAACCUUCUCUUUCUCUCUCCUAUCCCGCCGGGAAAUUCCGACCCCCCUUUUUCCCGGAAUUUGCCGGCAACUGACCGGAAAUGGUGUCGCAAGAAAACCCUAAUUGGCUCUAUGAUUACUCUUAUAUUGAUGAAAUUCAGAUCUCUGUUCCUGAUUGCAAUUUCGCUGCUCCUACUUCUGCCUUCAAUAAUUGUCCAUUGCAGCAGGCUUUGAAUGUUCCAUUUAAUGUCAGUGCGGAAAUAGAUGGGACUUAUGGUGAUUCAGAGGGCCCCAAGGAGAACAACUCAAAAAAGAGGGGGAGAUCUGAAUCAUGUGCUCCAUCUAGCUCCAAAGCUUGCAGGGAGAAGGCACGCAGGGACCGACUUAAUGACAAGUUCAUGGAAUUAGGUUCUAUAUUGGAACCUGGUAGAACUCCCAAGACCGACAAGGCAGCCAUUUUGAGUGAUGCUGUUCGAAUGGUGACUCAGUUAAGGAGUGAGGCUCAAAAGUUGAAGGACUCGAAUUCGAAUUUACAGGAGAAGAUUAAGGAAUUGAAGACUGAGAAGAAUGAGCUCCGUGAUGAGAAGCAAAGGCUGAAAGCCGAGAAGGAUAAGCUAGAGCAGCAAUUGAAGACUGUGAACACGCAGCCAAGUUACCUCCCAACCCCAACUGCUAUCCCAGCUGCUUUUGCACCACCAACUCAAGCUCCAGGUGGCAAGUUGGUGCCCUUUAUGGGAUACCCGGGAGUUGCAAUGUGGCAGUUCAUGCCUCCAGCUUCUGUCGAUACAUCUCAGGAUCACGUGCUUCGUCCACCAGUGGCUUAACUGGGAUAUGUCAUUAGUCCUUUGUUCAGAAUUACUAUUAAUCACUUCAUGAUUUUCCCCUCUCUCUCUUUUUUUCUCUUUUCUUUUCGGGGUCAAUUGUCAAUUUUCCAUUUGACUAUGCACUAAUCUUGUGCUGAAGUCUACUAACUACAUUUGAUAGGAUGUGGAAUGUGUAUGUUUAAAGUGGAACUUCAAUGAAAAUGCUCUGCUUCUGGUGGUUGAAAUGAAA